UGUUAACCGAUGACAGUCAGCAAGUGAGGCCAAUCAGUGAGAGUGUAGUGACGCGACGGCCCAAUUGGAAGCGCUGAGAGGCGGGUGUUCCGCUGUGAUUGACGUGGGCCAUAGCUAAUGGGCGGAGAGAUCUCCGAGGCUCUUCCCAAUGGGCAGCGUGUAGGAGCGGAAAGGGGAGCGGAGGGAGAAGACGAGCAGGCAGAGCGGCCAAUCAUCGUGGGGGUCGGCGGGGCGCCAUCCAAUGGGCGGUGCGAGGGGCGGUACGGGGGCGUGUCUCGGUGUGUUUGGGUUCGUGCUCCUCGGGGGAGGGAGACGGCGGCGAGGAAAGUUUGGGUUUUUUUUUUUUUUUUUCGGUGGGGGUUUUUGGAAGGUGUUGCGGGGGGGGAGGCGAUUUUCGAAGCUUCUUCACGUUUGUUUCCUGGGUCCGUGUUUCCCGGGCGGGCGGAGCCGCCCCCGGCACUGAGGAGAAGGGGGCUCAGCGCACCGCGGCGGCGCCUCAGCGGGUUUCGUUUUUGCACUGAAUGUAGCCAGGACGGAUCCUUGUGGGCUUUGGCAGCCCUUGGAAACUGUCAAAGGCAGUAUUUUGCAUUUCUGCAGAGCUUUGCACAGAUCCUGUUCCCAUGCAAACUGAUGAGGGAGAAAUACUGGAGGAAGGCAGUCCCAAGGUCAGUGAGAGAGAAGGAGCAAGAAAGGGAAGAACAGUUAAUGGAAGACAAGAAAAGGAAGAAAGAGGAUAAGAAAAAGAAGGAAUCUGCUCAGAAGGUCACAGAUCAAAAAACCAAAGUGCCCGAAGUGACGAAACCAAGUUUAAGCCAACCAGUGGCUGCCAGCCCAAUUGGCAACUCUCCAUCGCCACCAGUCAAUGGUGGCAACAAUGCCAAAAGGGUGGCAGUGCCGAACGGACAACCGCCGAGCGCCGCCCGCUACAUGCCUCGGGAGGUGCCGCCGCGAUUCCGUUGCCAGCAGGACCACAAAGUGUUACUGAAACGUGGGCAGCCCCCUCCGCCAUCCUGUAUGCUCCUUGGGGGUGGAGCAGGGCCUCCUCCCCCAGCAGCACCAGGAACAAACCCAAACAACGCACAACCAGUGACAGGAGCACUGCUGCAGAGCGACAGUGGGACUGCAACAGAUUCAGCAAUUGGAGGUGCUGCUGCUUCAAAUUAUGCAAAUUCCACUUGGGGUCCUGGAGCCUCCUCCAACAGCGGCACCAACGCCAAUCCAACUCACAUCUGGGACAAGGUGAUUGUAGACGGGUCUGACAUGGAAGAGUGGCCUUGUAUUGCCAGCAAAGAUGCUGAGUCUUCUUCCGAAAACACCACCGAUAACAACAGUGCCUCGAACCCUGGCUUGGAGAAGAAUGCUCUGCCAGGAAGCACCACUAGUAACAAAGGAAAAGGAAGCCAGUGCCAGUCUGGAAGCGCUGGAAACGAAUGUAAUCUUGGGGCCUGGAAAUCUGAUCCCAAGGCUAAAUCUGUUCAAUCUUCCAACCCUGCUGCCGAGAGUAACAAUGGACUAGGUAAUUGGAGGAACUUGAGUGGACAAGAUAGAAUCGGUCCCGGUUCUGGCUUCAGCAACUUUAACCCAAAUAGCAACCCCUCUGCUUGGCCGGCACUGGUUCAAGAGGGCAAUUCUAGGAAAGGGACUUCAGAAUCUGAUAGCGGUAGCUCCAAUGCACAGAUUAGCACAGUAGGUCAGACCUCUAGGGAACAGCAGUCAAAGAUGGAAAAUGCGGGUGUUAACUUUGUCUCUGGCAGAGAACAGGCUCAAAUUCAUAACACUGAUGGACCAAAAAAUGGAAACACUAACUCCUUGAACUUAAGUUCACCAAACCCUAUGGAGAAUAAGGGAAUGCCCUUUGAAAUGGGCUUGGGGAACCCUUCCAGGAGCACUGACACCCCUUCACAAAGCACUGGAGAAAGAAAGACUGGGAGUGUUGGAUCUUGGGGUACAGCUAGGGGGUCUUCUGGAACUGACACAGUCUCUGGACAGAGCAAUUCUGGAAACCAUGGGAACAAUGGAAAGGAUAGAGAGGACUCCUGGAAAGGAGCUUCUGUUCAAAAACCUAAUGGGUCAAGAAGUGAUUCUUGGGAUAACAGUAACCGGUCUACGGGUGGUGGGUCUUGGAACUUUGGCCCUCAGCAUGCAAAUGAAAGCAAAUGGGGUGAAGGGAACAAAUUAACAUCUGGGGUCUCUCAGGGAGAAUGGAAACAGCUGUCUGGGUCUGAUGAACUGAAGAUUGGAGAAUGGAGUGGUCCAAACCAACCAAAUUCUAGCACUGGAGCAUGGGACAAUCAAAAAGGCCACCCUCUUCCUGAAAACCAAGGCAAUUCCCAGGCUCCCUGUUGGGGAAGAUCUUCCAGCUCUGCAGGAAGUGAGGUUGGAGGUCAAAGCACUGGAAGCAACCACAAAGCAGGAAGUAGUGACAGUCACAAUUCUGGACGCCGAUCAUAUAGGCCUACGCAUCCUGAUUGCCAGGCAGUCUUGCAGACUUUGCUGAGCAGGACGGAUUUGGACCCCCGAGUGCUUUCAAACACCGGCUGGGGCCAAACUCAAAUUAAGCAAGAUACCGUGUGGGAUAUUGAAGAGAUGCCACGGCCUGAGGGGAAGUCUGAUAAAGGAACUGAGGGGUGGGAGAGCUCUGCCACACAGACAAAGAACUCAGGGGGCUGGGGUGAUGUACCCAGCCAAAGCAAUCAAAUCAAGUCUGGAUGGGGUGAGCUCUCAACCCCAACGGAGUGGAAGGACCCCAAAAAUACUGGAGGAUGGAAUGACUAUAAGAAUCCCAAUUCUUCUAAUUGGGGAGGAGGAAGAUCAGAAGAAAAAUCAUCUUCCUCUUGGAAUGACAGCUCUAGUAAGGAUCAGGGGUGGGGUGGACGGCAACCUAAUCAAGGAUGGUCUUCUGGAAAGAAUGGUUGGGGAGAGGAAGUUGACCAAACAAAAAAUAGCAACUGGGAAAGUGCAGGAAACAAGCCAGUGUCUGGUUGGGGUGAAGGUGGGCAGAAUGAGAUUGGAACUUGGGGUAAUGGUGCAAAUACAAGUGCUGCUUCGAAGGGUGGAUGGGAUGAUUGUAAAAGAAAUUCAACAUGGAAUGAGACGGGUCGACAGCCCAACUCCUGGAACAAGCAGCAACAGCACCAGCAGCAGCAACAGCAGGAGGCCUCUGGUUCCUGGGGUCCACCGCCCCAAACUCCAAGUAACGGGCGACCUCCAAACCCAAACUGGAACAGCGGACCACAGCCAGCUGCCCCCAAAGAGGAGGAGCCUAGUGGUUGGGAAGAACCUUCUCCACAGUCAAUCAGUCGAAAAAUGGAUAUUGAUGAUGGCACUUCAGCGUGGGGAGAUCCUAGCAGUUAUAACUACAAGAAUGUGAACCUGUGGGACAAGAACUCACAAGGAGGACAGGCCCCACGGGAGCAGAGCCUGCCUACUCCAAUGACUAGCAAAUCACAAGCAUCAGUCUGGAGCAAAAGCACUCCACCUGCUCCAGAUAAUGGUACGUCCGCCUGGGGUGAGCCAAAUGAAACCAGUCCUGGGUGGGGUGAAGUAGAUGAUACAGGAGCAUCGACCACAGGCUGGGGGAAUGCACCUUCCAACGCCCCGAAUGCCAUGAAAUCUAGUUCUAAAUCUAUGCAAGAUGGCUGGGGAGAGAAUGAUGGGCCAGUGACAGGAACGCGUCAUUCCAGCUGGGAAGAGGAGGAGGAGGGAGGAGUCUGGAACACAGCAGGCUCUCAGGGAAGCAGUUCCUCCCACAACUCAACAAGCUGGGGGCAAGGAGGAAAGAAAACACAAAUGAAGUGCUCAUUAAAAGGAGGAAAUAGUGAUUCAUGGAUGAACCCGUUAUCCAAACAGUUUUCAAAUAUGGGCUUGCUGAGUCAAACUGAGGACAUUCCAGGCAGUAAGAUGGACUUGUCUGUAGGUGGUCUCCCAGAUAAGAAGUUUGAGGUAGACAAACGAGCCAUGAAUCUCGGGGAUUUUAAUGACAUGAUGAGAAAGGAUCGGUCUGGGUUCCGUCCACCUAAUUCCAAAGACAUGGGAACCACAGAUAGUGGGCCUUAUUUUGAGAAGGGUGGCAAUCAUGGUUUGUUUGGAAACAGCACAGCACAAUCGAGGGGCAUGCACACACCAGUGCAGCCACUAAAUCCUUCCCCCAAUAUCCGGGCGCAAGUGCCUCCCCAAUUUCUUUCUCCCCAGGUUUCGGCCUCCAUGCUCAAACAGUUUCCCAACAGUGGCUUGAAUCCUGGUCUUUUCAAUAUGGGCCCCCAGCUUUCUCCACAACAGAUUGCCAUGCUGAGCCAGCUUCCACAGAUUCCCCAGUUUCAAUUAGCAUGUCAGCUCCUCCUUCAGCAGCAGCAGCAGCAGCAGCAGCUGUUACAGAGCCAGAGGAAGUUAUCUCAGGCUGUGCGACAACAGCAGGAGCAACAGAUUGCUCGUAUGGUGAGUGCCCUCCAGCAGCAGCAGCAGAGGCAGCCUGGUAUGAAGCAUUCACCAUCCCACCCUGUUGGGCCGAAGCCACAUUUAGACAGCAUGGUACCCAAUCCUUUGAAUGUGGGUCUCUCAGAUUUACAGACCAAAGGGCAAAUACCUGGAUACGGUUCAGGCUUUGGCUCAAGUGGCAUGGAUUAUGGCAUGGUGGGAGGGAAAGAGGCUGGAACAGAAUCCCGCUUUAAGCAGUGGACUAUGAUGGAAGGGCUGCCCUCUGUGGCUUCACAAGAUGCCAAUAUGCACAAAAAUGGUGCAAUAGUGCCCCCUGGAAAGGCUCGCGGAGGAUCGCCCUACAACCAGUUUGACAUAAUUCAGGGCGACCCACUAGGUGGCCAUGCGGGCCCUGCUGGUGAUAGUUGGUUACCUGCCAAAUCUCCACCAACGAACAAGAUUGGAAGCAAAUCCAGCAACGCCAGCUGGCCUCCAGAGUUCCAACCAGGAGUGCCAUGGAAAGGUAUACAAAACAUUGACCCUGAAUCUGACCCCUACGUGACCCCUGGAAGUGUGCUGGGGGGGACAGCCACAUCUCCCAUUGUAGAUACUGACCACCAACUUCUGCGGGACAACACCACAGGGUCUAAUUCUUCCCUCAACACCUCGCUGCCUUCACCUGGUGCCUGGCCCUACAGUGCCUCUGACAAUUCCUUCACCAACGUUCAUAGCACUUCAGCAAAAUUCAGUGAUUACAAAUCAACAUGGUCCCCAGAUCCCAUAGGACACAAUCCCACUCAUCUCUCCAACAAGAUGUGGAAAAACCAUAUUUCCUCAAGGAACACUACAGGGCUGCCCCGCCCUCCUCCUGGCCUGACCAACCCUAAACCAUCAUCUCCAUGGAACAGCACAGCAUCCCGAUCGGUCAGGGGCUGGGGGGCACAGGACUCAAGGCUUGCCUCUGGUGAGAAGAAUCAACUGAUAGCACCAUUGAUCAGACCUGAGGAGUGUACGUUUUACAGCACUAAUGGUUUGGAGGAAAGAAAGUUGCAGUUGUCUGCAUCUACUUGGAGUGAUGGUGGCUCAGUUCGUCCUAGCUACUGGCUGGUUCUUCACAAUCUCACUCCACAGAUUGAUGGGUCAACCUUGAGGACGAUCUGCAUGCAGCAUGGUCCACUGCUGACAUUCCAUCUGAACCUGACACAGGGCACCGCCCUUAUCCGAUACAACACCAAACAGGAGGCGGCCAAGGCCCAGACUGCACUGCACAUGUGUGUGUUGGGAAACACUACCAUCCUGGCUGAGUUUGCCACAGAUGAAGAGGUUAGUCGCUUUCUGGCACAAGCUCAGCCCCCUACACCUGCAGCAACCCCAAGUGCACCCACAGCAGGCUGGCAAUCCCUAGAGACAGGACAGAACCAGACAGAUCCAGUUGGACCUGCUUUGAAUCUCUUUGGUGGGUCAACAGGGCUUGGGCAGUGGAGCAGUGGUGGCGGCGGCAGCAGCAGUGGGGGUGAUCUCACUGGCGCUUCGUUGUGGGGGCCCCCAAACUAUUCUUCAAGCUUGUGGGGGGUCCCAAGCGUAGAGGAUCCACACAGAAUGGGCAGCCCUGCUCCCUUACUACCUGGAGACCUUCUGGGAGGAGGGUCGGAUUCAAUCUGAACUUAGAACUUUCAACUCUGACCUCGUGACCUUUUUUGGAACAGCAGCAGCACUAACUUGACCUUUUCGUUUUUUCAACUUGCAAUAAAUACAUUUAUAAAAGGAAAAAAGAAAACGGAGAGAGAAAAAAAGGUGGGUCAUUGACAGACUCUCUGAGCACAUAGUUGCCUCCCUUAUAUAACUUCAGUUUUUUCGUUUGGAAUAUGAAUCCAAAAAGAGAACAUAUCACUCUUGAAAUACUUGAAUCAUGAACGCCAACUUAGAAAGACAAUGUGAAGCAAGUACACAUACCAUUUAAAUUUAAACACAAAAAAUUAAAAAAAUUAGUUUCUAGUUUUUCACUUUUUCAUGUUAUACGGAAGUUGUUGCUAAGAAACAUAUAUACUGAAAAAAUAGCUUUUUAACUUUGUUUGCACUGGGUGUGUUUCCGUCCUUAGGUCUACCAUGUUGGGUUGGGGUAGGGGAGGGGUUCAAAAGAAAGGGGUGGGGGUGGGGGGAAGACUUGACGGAGCCUCACUAUAAAAGAAAAAAAAACUUAAAAAAAAUUUAAAAAUUAAAAAACCCACAAAAAAACAAAACAGGAAAAAAAAAACACAAAAAAAAAAAACAAACAAAAAAAAACAGAAAACCCAACACUUUGUGAUUGGCUGGUUGAUAAGUACCAGUGUGUUCUGGCACAUGUAACUGCCCACGUGUGCUUGUUUUUGUGUGAGUGCGUGUGCACAUGUUCGUGUGUGUGCAUUUUUUUCUCUCUAUAUAUAAUCUUGAAACGCUGCAUUGCUGAUGGUCUACGGGCUGGCUGGCCAUCUGCAGGUCUUGAUUCCUAAAACAAGACAGGCAUGGUGGAGUCCCUGUGGCUGAAGCAGAAUCCAGUUGGGCUGGAUUAAAAUUUGUCAGUAGGUUUUUUUUAAAUUCGUUUUAGCAGGGUGCUAUCUCAAGUCUGCAGAUCAUAUUGAGUGGGUAGUUGCUUCCUAGCCCUUGUUCUAACCCAGUUGUAGAGCAGAACACUGCCAUAUCCAAAGGAUUUGGUGAGAGCGGAGCCAAUGUUGUCUUUUGAGUAGCAGUGUAUUUAUUUAUUUAUGUCUGCAUGUGGGGCUUUUGUACUGAGUGAACCCUAGAAUGUUUGUUAUAUAAUGCAAGCCAUUUUUUUUUUUCUUCCAAGGAGGGGAAAAGAGGAGGAAAAACGUUGCCAUUUUCUGUGCGGCUAAGACAAAUGUUUCCUAUUCAGUCUCUCACAAGCUUAAGUACUUUAAAAAAAAAAGUGUUUCUUUUCCCCCCCAAAUCUAUAAAUAGGCACCCAUAUUCAUUCUUGAAGAAUCCAUCAAAAUCUUGAAAGUCCAGCCCAACCAAAUUAGCCUUUGAACUGAUCUACUGCUUGUAUUAAAACUGACAAAAACUAAAUUGUGUCAGCAAAUCGCUGGCUGGCCUGCCUCAUCUCCUGAAAGCACAUGCAGCUAACUCCUUUCUGCGUCCUUCACGGUGAGCGUUACCUGUGCCAGGCCUUGGUGUAUUACAGUGCCAGACCAUCACUGACAGAAACGUUUACUUACGAAUGUUCUUAAACCAGUGUGUACUUCAAAUGUUUCCUUUUGUUUCUCUGUGUUGUGUUUUUUCCUGUGUAUGUGAUUUUGCUUAGGGAGGUAUAUAACUAGCAAAGACUUUUUUUUUUAAAAAAAAGUAUUGCACCUUUUUGUUUUUUGUUUUUACUUUUUCUGUACUGUUGCUUUUUAAUUUCUGUAUUUAAGGAAAGGUUUGGGGUUUUUUUUAGCAUCAGUGUAGUAGUACUCUGGGCAGGAUAGGGUGACCUGUAAUCCACAGUGAUAGCCAGUGUGUGCGUGCAUGUGUGCGCUGGGAACAAAACUUUUUAAGACCUGUUGUUGUGAAAAGAGUUGUAGCAGACUUGAAAGAACAUCAUCCCUUGACACAAGUGGGAAGUCUUUUGGGGGGGAGGGUGGGGCCAGGAGAAGAGGGAAGAGAGAUGCCGGUACUUCUUUCGUAAGUGCUAAGACUUCCACGUGGUGGUGUCUAGCCGUUAUACUGUCUAACAAAGUGCCGAUGUUCUGUACCAGCACGUACCUGUCCAUUCCAGCCCACAGCAGGAGCAGUGCUCAAGCUUUAUUACCUGGGGGUUAGGAUAGGGGAGUCUUUCUUCAGCAUUUUCAUUGAAGGAUAUGACAAUGUCUAAUACAUUUAACUCUAGGCGUGGGUUGGGUGGGGAGAAGCAAAAGCAGAUUCAAGUAAUGUGGGGGGGGGGGGGGGGUGUGUGUGCGCGCGCGCGUGUGUGUGUGUGUAUGCCUGUGAGCUGUGCGUGGGAGGGAAGGGCUAGGGAGUUGCGUGGCUUUUUUUAAUUCGCCCUUUCUAUGUAAACCCUAUGUCACAAGGAAGACUGACUGAGGGAAAUGCUGCAUAUACACAUGCCUGUAGAUUUGUAUGCAAAGUGUUACGUGACAAAAAAGUACGAGUAGGUUUGUAUUUGUUAGUAAACUGGAGUGUGCAGCAUACUCUGGCCCCUUCUGAAUAUACUUUUCUAUCAUGUCUCCUCCCUCAUCCAUCCCACCGUGUGCAAAGAAACAAAAUGCUCUCUUCCAACUCCUGCCAGCUAGUGCCCCUUGCGUGCACAUCCAUAAAGCUUUUUUUCUGCUAGUCUCUGCUUGAAGACCAGCCACGCUUGGACACGCAGAGCAGGGUCUUAAAAGUCCUGUGCCAGCAGUACUUCCUAGUGAAGCACCUUUGGCCUGAGUAAGCCAGUAUCCGUUCUGUCACAUGAUUUGCUAUACAUGCUGGUUCAUUGCUGUGUUCCACCCUUACUUCUCUCUCCCAACCUGCCCUAAGGUCCCUUUUCCUGCACUUUGGGCUAGUUGAGUUCAUUGCGAUACUACGGUGAAAGCCGGGUGCUAGAGCCCCUCUUGUUUACAAGACAUAAUGAGGGAUUUGAAAUAUUUAAAAAGAAAAGCUAAAUUGUUCUUCCAUUGUAAGCUUAAAGGGAAAAAAUUUAAAACGUACAAAAAAAAAAAGACCAAAAAGUGCAUAUAUAUAUUUUAGAUGAAGACUAACUCUGGGAGCAUUUAACAGUGUUUUUGUUUUUAUUUUAACAUUUUAUUUUCCUGCUUUAAAUUUGCAAGCAUUCUCAGGAAUCCUAGGGUAGGAAGCCAGUUUUUUGAAGAUGGUUUAUUUAACCUUAUCUUAUCCUAGAUAGAUGGCUGUUUCUUGUUGAUAAACUUUUACAAGUUCCUGAAGCUUCAAAAUGUUUGAAAGUUUUUACUUUAAAAUAAAAAUGCUAAAAAAAAAAUAAAUAAAGAGAAAAAGAAAAAAAGAAAAAAUCUCCAAAUGUUACUGUCAGGCGGGGGAUCAAGAAUUUUGAAGACUAUAUAAAUUAAAAUACAUUAAGAAAACUUCUCAAUAUCAGCAACAGAAAUUCAUUGUAAUCUUAAACAAGUUGUGGGAGAAGAAGGGUUAUCACUUAUAGUGCUUUGUUACUCAUGCAGACGUGUGCAGUUGCAUGGAGAAGAGAAAUGUGUGAAUGGAAAUUAUCACUUUGUUCCCUCUUGAUUGAAAUUAAAUGGAAAUAUUCUUCCAAGCACCUUUUUAAAAGCAAAGUGAAACUAUAAACCUAAUUAAAAUGCAGUAUAGUUUAACUGAGAGAGUCCUCAAUUAGGACAACUAGCAGGAAAUACAUGAUGGUGCUUCUUUAAACCAGUUUUAAAUAGUGCUAAAGAAAACCAGUGCUGACAGAAUACCCCAUAAUGAAGUACUUUUAUUAUCCUGCCUUUUUCAGUACAGAAAAAGGAGAGAAUGUGGGAAAACUCCAGUAAAAUCUACAUUAGGAACCAACUUUCCUGUUUUCAGCUAUUUGGUCAGUUUUAAUCCCCAUUGGAGAUUUGCUGCUUGCUUUUCUUCACCCACCCCACCUCCCAGUCUUUCUGUUUUAUUUUAUAUGAGGGAAAUAUCUGUUAAACUCUUCUGUUCACCCUAUUGCUGCUGGCUGUCAGGGCUUACAGUCUUGAACUUCAGAGUUUGGUGUUGGGAUGGCCAACUUCUGUCUCCCAGCUCUAAGGGUUAGGGGCUUACUCUGCCUGAAAUGGCUAGGCUCAAACCACAAAAACCACGCUAGUGCCUUUUUACAUGCACCCACAUGCCCUAUGGUAGGGGAAGGGAGGGAAGAUGAGGCAAGAUGAGACGGUAUAGUCACUUCAUGGAAAUAAAUGUACCCGUUCUUUAAGGAAAAAGAGCGUGCUGUGUGAGCAUGUCGUGCAAUGAGUUACGUAACAGUAGUUGAGAUAACUUUUUAUUAUUUAAAAAAAAAAUCAGAUGCCAAAUUCCUGUCCUUUUCAUAUCAGUUGCCCAGUGUUUUCAUGUCGCCCUGAGUGUACAUCUGAGUGUGUACGUGUGUGUUGAAAAUAAUGCAUUUAUAAUAAUAAUAAUAAUGGUCUUUGCUUAAUAAAAAAAAUCCUGUCAUGGGCCAGUAAAGGAGGGUUUAUUUAGGGAAUUUGGGAUUUCAUUUUAUUUUUUUAUUUUAUGGAGAAACAGAGUGCUUUGCUAGAGGCGUGUUUUAUCAAAUCAGCAGUAUCGUAAAAGAGAGGAAAUCAUAGGAUUUAGUCAAAAAGAGCCCAAGAACCUGACAGUCACUCGGAAGUGGGUUGUGACUGACUGCUGAAGGGCUGACAGUCUGGAGCUUCAGCAGCCUGCUAGGUCCAAACCUGUUGUACAACAAACAGUCCGCCCCUCCUUUCUCUAAGCAUGCAGGGCUGCUAAAGGUUAGUGACUUGUCUCCUCUGUGAUAGUUUUACUAAAUUGUUAAAGCCACAUUAAUCUUACUAUUUUCCAACUACAGUUGACAGUUCUCCAAAUUAUAUGUAGCUAAUCACGAUGUUGCUAGUUUGGCUAAGUCAUGGCACUCCUAACCAUUGCAGGUGAUUUCUGAGCAUUGUGCUAACUAGACUCAUCAUUUGGGGACAACGAUCACUUAAUGUUUUAAAUAUUCUGCUACCAUUGAGCUCAUAACAGCAAAAAGUUAGCAACAAUUGAUAUUAGGGUACUUCUGGGCUUUUACAACACUGUUCCAGGGAGGGGGAUCAGUGGCAGCACCUCAUUUAAACAUAUUGACGAGGAAAACAGACUGGGGAAAGCACAUCUUGGAGUAGACUAUGGGCAUCUCUUUCCAGUUUAAAAUCAAGCAUAACAUCUUUCACUGAGAAACACUUUUUACUUUCUCAAGUGAUAAGCAGAACUCUCUUAAUCAUUUUGUUCUUGUUUUGGUUUUCCAGGUAAUACAGUUUAAACGUACACAUACUUCUCAGGUGGUUUCAGCAUUCCUGGUUUUUCCCUGGUUUUGAAUUCUUCAGUGCUUAAUUCAUAAAAAGUGCACAUUUCAGCAGUCUUCUAAGCAUGUAUCCAUUUGUUACCAGCCACUUUGCUUACCGUACCCUUCAGUGUGUAUCAAGCUGAGAGUUUUUUAAAUGGAUUUGGUAAUUACUUGCUCUACUCAAGUAUUUCAUUUUAGCAGUGACAAUAAAGUCUAGCAAGCAAAAGAAAAAAAGGUGGGGUACAGCUCAGAAACCUGUGUUGAGACCUCUGACAUUGAUUUUUGGAAAGCAGUUUUAAUACCAGGUACUUCGGAAGACUUGCCAUUUUCUCCCAAUGUUUUUAUACUUUUACCUGGGUGAUUGCCCAGCAGUCUUGAGAGAGUGGGUUUUUUGUUGGUUUGGGAUGGUUUUCCAAUCACAGGGUGUCAGGUUUUUCUUACAAGUUUUUUAUUUUGCUUCAAGUUAAGUGGCUUGUGUAAUGAGCAAGAAUAUUAAGCCACAUAUAUUUUUCUUCUGCAGUAUAGACAGAAUGUUUUCAACAAACUGGCUGGGGUAACCACCUCAAAGACUAAAUAACAAUUGGACCUUCAUAUUAGGUUAGCCUCUUUUUUGUUUUUCUUUCUCCUGCCAUGACAUUUCUAAAUAUUUAUUCCUUAGAAUCUUUCCCCUGUUCGUUCUUCCUAAAAAAGCUGCCACAUCUUCCACUGAGUCUUGGUAGUGCAUCCAAACAGUACUGUAGACUUUUUUUUUUAUUCCUUCGUCAUAGUUUAUGUUUACCUCUUAGGCUUCUAAUUCAGUUUGUGCAUAUUGUUCUCCUGUUGACUUUAAAAGGAGUAUUUUAUGUGUGUCUGGGAUACCCAAACUUGGCCAAGUGUGUCCAGGAAAUCUAGUGAUCCUCAUGUGAAUUAGUCCCACUGACCUGAAAUGAAUAAGUACUGCACGGGUAAAGAGCUCGUUGUGUAAGUAAACCUUAGCUGGAUCGGGGCCAAGGUAGCAGAUGAGGACCUGUUGUAUUUCCAAUGCAGCAAACAUCUGUGUUGCAUGUACCACAUUCACUGUAAAUCAUGUGACCUUAGUAUCCAGGUUUCUCAAGUGGAAUGAAAUGCUAGUUUUGUGGUGGAUGGUUAGCACCUCAGGGUGUGAGUCCUGAUUGAGUAAAAGGUAGGGUUUUUUCUCUCUAAGGAGGUAAGGUUCCCCUAGCAGAAACAGCUUUUUAAAUUGUAAAUAUGCAUGCAGAUAUUUGUGGGCAGGAAAGUAAUGCCAAGAAAACAAAAGUUGAAAUCUUUAAAAAAAAAAAAAAUCCAAACAAAUAUUGUUGAAGUGCAACUUUGUUCCUGAGUCUGAAACAACAUAUGCAGAAUCUAUUGGUUUGUCUAAAUUGAUUUUGCACAGAAUACCAUUUCAGUUCUCUGAUACCGUUAGAUGAUAACAGUCAUUUCCGCUGUGAUCAAAAUAUAGAUGUCUAAACCCCAAACUCUCUUCCUUCACUUCCAGUACUAGGCUUCCACCUGUGGCAGAAGGGUGUUAACAGUAAUGGGGAGAAACUUCUGAAAUUUUCCUGAUGUAGACAGAGCCUGUUUCCCUGUUGUGCUGAAUUCACAUCCAAACCUCAGACAAAAGCAAAAACUAUGCUGGAGCAGAGUUGUUGGUUGGCUAAACAACAGGAGCCUAACUGGAGAUUUUUAGCAGCCUUGCCAGUUCACGUCCCUCACAAUGUUUUGCAUAAGUGUCCCAUCACUGUAAAUACCGGUGUUGCUGAAUUUUACCAAAGUUCCUCUGCAGUAGAUAAUAGGAAACAGGUCCAUUUUGCAAUGACUCGCCAAGCAGAGCUUUGUCUACAGUAGAAUUCAAGGGUUUGUCUACAUUGCUAUUAAAACUGAGUCAGGGUCCUGUUUUAAAAUGUAGCUCUCUAUUUUGUGGUGUUAUGUGAGACUUUAAACUUUGUGAUGUAGUAACUAUAGCUUCUAAUCCUUAUAUGAAAAGUGAUUUAAGGUUUCAUCUGUGCUAUAAAAAGCGCCACAGCUCCUGAUGGUUUGGAGCCUAUUUUUAAAACUAUUGUCAGGCCAAGGUAGAUGCAGCUUCAUCUGUGGCACACAGCAGACAUCUGUUUGCAUCCACCGUUUGUGUGCGUGUCGCUUUCCAUCAAGCUAUGCAGGAAAGUUUGUUGUGUUUUUCUCUCUAAAAGUCUCCCAGAAUCCAGUGCUAUAUAAGCAAGCUUUUAGCAAAUCAAGUGCCCUCUGCAAAGAGCCAUUUUUGCCCUGUAUGUGUGACGGUUGGGACUGGUGACAUUCAGCAGUGUUAGGGCUCCUGUUGACUUCGUAGUGAGAAAGGGAGUUUUCUUGACUUGACUCUGACAGCCUUUCUGGUAAAAAAAAAAAAAAUUAAAUACAGGGGGUGGGGAAGAGGAAAAAAAAAAAGGGAAGAAUGCAUUGUGCCAGCCUGUGUUAAGUAUUUUUGCAGCAAACAUUCUUGACUGUGGUGGGCAGAGGGGAAGAGACUGGAGAAGUUUGCAUGAAUGCGCAAUACAAGGAGGCAGUGCUUUGCAACAAAUGUUUCCUUGAGCAUUAUAUGCCUCCUCUUGGGUAUUGGUAUGUGUUGUUGCAUUCGCAGAACUAACUUCCUCAUUUUUUUUAAUCUGUUUGGUUUAUUUAAUUGAGGCAAAAUAGAAGUUUCUCCUGUUUCAGAUGAAACACGACCAUAAAUUAACAUUUUCUUCAUCAUUUACUGUUGAGCAGUAAGAGCAGGUUGCACAGCUUGUUAGAAUAGCUAUUUUAGUGACAUGGUUAUGAUAUUAUGUGCUUUCUUUCCCCUCCCUCUCCCUGCCAGAUAUGGUUUACCCUUUCUAUAUAAGGCGCUGUGUGGGUUUUUUGUUUUGUUUUGGGGACAUGUGGAGAAGAAGCAAAAUGAAGUGAAAAUGCAAGCCAAGGUAGAACAGCCUUACUUUAGGGGGUAGCCUUACAACAGAGCUUUAUAGUGAGUGUGCUGUAUUCCAAAAUAUGUAAGCCAAAAACAAAAAAGCAUUCAUUUAUGCAAAAAAAAAUUUAAAAAGAGGUGUUGGAAGACUUCUUUAAUAUGUACCUUCUAAAGGUAGAGUAAGGUCUCACCAAGUGAUACGUUAUUGUGAUACUUCUUGCUGGGUCAGUAGGGAUGGGUUGGGGUAUAAGCGCUUAAUGUUUUCCUCCUUCUAUGUUUUUACAAGCAGUAAGUUAAAUGUGGUAUUUAUGAAUGUGCCUUUGUGAGUAUAGUGACUGUCUAAUUGAGGAGACCGCUGGGCUGGAGGGGAGACAAUGGUCAAUUUAUUCUUUCAAGAGGUCAGACAUUGAGAUUGCAGCCCACUGGUCCCUUUUGAUAAGCAGCAUCUUUGGGCUGGUCUCUACACUGCACAAUACGUAUUCAUAUGUGGUAGAGAUCGGGGUGGGGGGGUGUGAAGGGAUGUUGUCAUGUGAUGCACAGAAGCUGUUGAUAGUUUUAGGCUAGUCUGCUGUUGCAGGUUUGGUUUGUAUAUGUAGUAUGUGGCUUCUCUUUGUUUGUGUGCAUGAGUGUGAGUGUGUGUGGCUUUAUUUUUUGUAAGCACUGGAGAAUUGAAACACAGUGAUGUUUGAGACAAAUUUAUACAUGUAGAGAAGAUGAUGUUUUGUAGCUUCUGUUAAAUAGUGGGUGCAGGCACACUUUUACCCUCUCUGUCCAUGUCCUGAUAAGAGAAACCGGAAAAAUUUUUUUUUCAACCCUUCAACUUCCAGCACACUUAACGUUGCCAUUUAAAUGAACAGGGUAUUACACAAGAAGAAAAAAAAAAAGAGAUUUUGAAAUGGUGAGGUAGAAGUGUUUAAAAGGAAAAAAAAAUCUGAAGUAAUUUUUUGUUUCUUCAAAGCUGUUUGUAGCUAAACAUGGGAAUCUGCAGUGUCUCCUUCCAUUUGUUUUUUUUUUUCUAAAAAUUCACCUCUUCGUCCCACCCAACACGAGGUGUACAAGAUCAAGAGCUGUCGCUGUAGCCCUUCAUAAUUCCCACCAUGAAAAGAAACUCCAGUGGGAUCCCUCAGCUCUAUUCAGGAAGACAAAGAGAGGAGAGACUCUGCAGUUUUCUUUGCUUCGCUCUCAUUCCUCUCUAAUGGCCUUGAAAUGUAUUAUUAUGCAAAUGUGAAUUUUGAUACUGAACUUAAGAAGAGGUUGUUUGUUCUUUUUUCAAAAAAAAAAAGGUCCCAUAUGUGGUCAGCAUUGCUUCUUUAUUUUGUAAGUGAAUUGUAAACUAUGCAUUCUGCAAAGGGGGUGUAGGGGACAAAGAUAGCUUUGCUAAACUGUUUAGGAGUUUCUGUGUCCAUGGUAUAUCCACUAUAGUUUGGGAAAGUGGGGAGGUGAUGACUUUUGAAACAAAAAGGAGUUGAUAAGAACUUCUCUUUUUCAUAAGUUGGCCAUUAGGUAACUGGGCAGAGAUCUGGAAAACUAAUGUUGGCUGCAAAACAAAACCAGCUUUAAUCCUUGCACAGGAUUGUGAAUUCUAGCCGUGCAGUGUUAACCCAGGGCCAAUAGGGUGAAUGGGACACCAGCUCUACCUGGGAAACUUACCUACCACCUCCUGUGUCCUGGCCCUUGUCAAGCUCAGGAAACACAGUGCCGCAGGCACUUUUUUGGAUUUACUGCUCGUUUUCCAUUACAGCAGUCCUUGCGCUCUUCCAGGAGAAUUGGAACACAGCUGGUCCUUGAUGUCUACGCUUUCUUCUCCCUAAAAUUGUCUUUGCUGCUGUUUCUGGCAUGUCUCAUACAGUCGCAGCACAGCUAUGGACAAGAGGAUGGAGGUGGUACUUUCUAGUGCUGAUCAAAGCAUGAUAAUGAGGACUGCGUUUUUUCAACACCAGCUUUGUUGUCUGGUGUUACUGGUGGUGACUUAGCAUUAAUGUUGGCAGUGUGUGAAAUUUUAGGGAAUGUAGACUGACAUUGGCCAUAGACAAGGCUCUCUAAAAGAAAUGAUCAUUUUUUACUGUAAGGUGGUAUCAUAAUGGUCAUAAAAAAGGAUUCACUUCCUCACAUCUCCAGAAUGCAGUCAUUGUGAAUUCUGUGUGUUCCUUGAAGCCUGCUGAGCUUCCGGGAGCAGUCUCCUCAAAAAAUAUAAAUCUCACUGCCCUCUUCGUCAUCUUAAUAGGGACCCUUUGACUUGACUUUUUCCUUUGUCCAUGGUGUACCAUGGUACCUGCAUUAUCCUUGGCAUUAUCUUACAUAUAAUAUCAUGAACUGAGAGAUUAUCCUUCCUGUAUUCAGUGUUCUCAUGCAGCAAUUUUUUUUUGUUGACAUUCACAGUACUGUAAUAAGUAAUAGACUUGAUGAUCACUCUCGCAUCUGUGCCUGCCUUGCAGAUGCGAUCUUAUCAGGGUUCCACUCUGUCAGAUUGCCUUUUAGGAAAAAAAAAAAAAAAAGGAAAAAAAAAAAAGAAAAAUCUGAAGUUUAAACUUACUCACAAAAAUACCUCGUGGUACAUUUCCCCUUCUGAUGUAACCUUUUUAAAUCUUACCUUUUCUUCUAAACUUCAUGGGUUUUUCUUUCUAUCUGUUAUCUCCUUUCUAAAAAGAUGUUUAACUAGUGGUUUUGAGCACAGGACCAGAAGCAUGGAACUCCUGAAUUGUAACAUUGGCCCUUACUCUUCGCUUGCCUGGGCAAGUCAUUUAACUUCUUUGCGUUUGUGUUUUCAUCUGUAAAGCAGGGGGGUGAUGAUAAUACUUACCUACCUCACAGGGGUUUUGUGAGGAUCAACUAGUAAAUGUUUGUAAAGUGCUUUAAAGAUUAAAAGCGUAAUAGAAGUAUUACAAGGUUUUUACAGUAAGAUCGCUCAUUCUUUUUCAUUGCUUGUGUGGAGGGAGAUAACCUUUUUUAUUCUUAUUUAAUGAUUAAAGCCAUCAGACACUCAGAUCCUAAACAACAGAAGUUGAUGGAGAUUCAGUUACUUAUACUCCUCUGUCUUUAUGCCAGUUACCUUCUGAUCUCCCUUAUAUAUAUGCCAGUGUUGCUACAGGUCACACGUACUUUUAGAUAAGCUUCAAACUUGACUGAAGUACUUGGAACUUGCUGCUUCUUUCACCAGAUCACCAAAUUGGAUUCAGUUUGUGUACGUUUCCCUGCCUUUAAGUAGAGUUUUUGGUAAUGUCAUCCUUCAAGUGGACACAUCUUUUCCUGCCAUCAGGAAGGGGAGGUGGUGGUGUGUAGUUCCAGAGAGGGGACUGUAAUAUGAAGAACAUUGCCACUUUAUGCUGCUGCUCCAGGGAUGAAGGGCAGAGUAGCUUCCUGUUUCCUUCCCUGAAUUAAUUUCAGUGUGUUACCAGUGACACUUCAAAUGCAGUGUCUCUUUUUGUCCGUGAUAUACCGAAGCCAUCACCUCCCAGUAAAACGUAGGAACAGAGGGAAUGAUAGUAGAUGCUGCUUGUGUAUAUGCCUUACAGCUCUCCCAGAGUGUAUCUGGGAGGGUGGUGGGGGAAGAGGUCUUCUUCACUGGGUAUAUCCCACAGCUGUCAGGGAACCUCUGCUACUUUCUCCCCUUUCCAAUCACAUGGUCGCUGUUUCUUCUUUCUUGGAUGUGCGUCUCAGGGAUGUGCAUAUGAGCCCAUGCCUUUUGGAAUUUGGCCUUUGAAAUAUCAAGAAUAUGGUUUCUGUAACUGAAACCUUCCUAUCUGACACUCCCUGGUCCUCUCUGUCCUGCAUUGCUCCCCGUGGCCUUAGGAACAUCUCUCCAUUGUUGCCGUAUGCCACCCUCUCCAUCCCUGCCAGUACUCAAGGUGAAGCGUAUACAGUGAUUCUGCAGAGAAAGAAGCUGAAAUGAUGCAUGUGCACCUGUGGGAUUUACAUGCCUAUGUAUCUUGGAUUUCUGCUGCACCCUGUCUAAAACAUGCAGAAUAUCUGAUGCACGAUGCUUUUUCUUUCUCAUCUAGAAAGCAGAACAAACAGCAGUAUGACUCUGCUGAUGGUAAUUCUGUAAUGUUUACUUUGAAUUAAAUGCUAAGUAUUUUCCCCAAAGAACCAAAAAACCCCACCUUCUAACAAAAGUAACCAAAUGUAAUCUUUCUGGGGGCGGGAGGUGGGGGAGGAGGGGAGGAGGAAAAGCAGUGUCGGGGGAGUGUUCUGAUCUAUUUUAAUCUCCACUGCUUGGAUGGAGAUAUGAAAUGCUGCUUUGAGUUCCACAAACAUAAGGGAUUAUGUUUACAAAGGUAAAUGCCUUCUACCUGUUCAGGAAACUGGCUAAUGGUGGGCAUCAGAUGUUUGUCAAGUUUCUCUUCAUUGCAGACAAGUAAUGGGAGAAGGGUGUGUCUGGAAGAGAAAUGGAGAAAUAGAAUCAUUUCAUCUAGUCUUCUUGGUAAAAUAAUGCCACCUUCCCUCUCUCUUUACAAAAUGGAGGGAGGAGGUUGCAGAAGAGAAAAUCAGCGAUGUCCAAAAUGGCUGGAUUAGAAAAGGCAGCUUUUCUACUUUGCACAUAAAUAGGUAACAGGAAGGUACAGCUAAAGUCCUCUUGCCUGAAACACUGUCCCCCAGAAGCAGACAUUGUAAUAAUAAAAAUAGUGGCUGUGUGUAUAUUGAUGCUAUUUGCAAGUUACCUAUAAGUGUUUAUUUUUUCUUAUACUUGAAAUGGCUUCCUUUACUAAACUCCUGCCGUAGCUCUGGUUUCUCCCCUCCUUCUCCUAGUGUGCAGUAAAGAAAGAUACAGGACAAAUGGGGAGAAUGUAGAGGAGAUGACACAAUGUCUUGCAUAUCCAGGUUUUAUCUUAAUUUCCAUCCCAUACGCUCUCAGAUGUUGGAACUUGCUAAGGGUUUUCCAUGGACACAGAAACUCAGCACUUUAGAAGGUGCUCUUGUAUGGCUGGCUGCCCCCCCUUCUCCUCCUUUUCUAUAUUUUUAUUUUACUUUUAGUAUAGUGGUACUUAAAAUCACUGGUUCACUUAAAAAGAAAAAACCAACAAUAAAAUGUUUAAACUCUACUAAUGUACAAAUAAGCUGAAAUGUUGCAUUUUAUGUGUAUUUUUGCCAUAGCAGGUACUGUAUUUCUCAUGCUGGAUUUAGGAAAAAAAAAAAAAAGAAAAAAAAGAAAAAAGAAAAAAAAGAAAAAACAAAAAGGGUGAUGUUUUAUUGGAGUGUGACAAGUUAAAAGAGUAAUAAGGAAUUAAGUCGUCGUCAUUUCAUUGAAACUGAGAGAUGGUGUAAUACUUAUAAGUUUUCUGAAGGUUUUUUGGGGGGGCUUUUAAACAGCUUUUUUGUUUUUAUUUUAUUUUUAUUUUUUGAAAGAUAUGAUUGUAUUAUGUGCAACUCAGUUGCUUACAUUAUAACUACAAAAUAUUUUUGGGUUCCUGGAAAAAAAAAGAAAAAGACUAAUAAAUGUGUUUGGCUGCUAAGCAUUUAA